GUUUCACUGCAAGUGCAUCUGGAAAAUGCCUACUUUUAUGGCGGCAAGGAAUGACUGCGGAGUUGUUCUUCAGGACGAUCCGGAUAAAAAAGAGGUACAUCCAAUUCUGUUCCCGCCUAGAAGGAGUAACUCAUUUAAUUUGAUAAAUUCGGUGGAAGAGAACGGUGAGGAUGAUUUAUGGGAUGAGAUUGCUGAGGACGAAAACGAAAGAGAUGAAAUGGAGGAUGAUGAAGAAGAAGAAGGCUUACGACCCGAAAACCCAGAUACCGAAGGGUGCGGUGUAUUUCGAGAUAUAACUCGAAAUAACGACACAUUUGGAAUGGAAUCUGUGAGGCCAGCUACAAUAAAGAACAGAACUUUCUACCUGCCAGGAAACAUGAAGACCAUCUUGGAGAUUGUUCAUCAGAAAACUGGAGGGAAAUGCCGCAUCAAACAAAGAUCAAGAAAAAACAAGCCGAAGAAAUGCAAGAAAAAGAACCUAAAAGAAUUUAAAAACUUCAGCAUAGCAGAGUAUGAGGCGCAGGGGGGUUUUCACUAUGUGUUUAGAGUAGGAGUUGGUAUAAGAGGCAUGAAGGAGGCGGCAAAAGACGCUGUUAAUCAAGCCUACAUAGAUAAAUACGAACUACCAGUACCUUGCUUCCUCGCUCCAAAGGUAAAAUAA